CAGUUCCACAUGGGUUAUGUGGCGGCUGAUUUCAACUCUCUGUCCCGGCUUUAUCAAAUACCGCACGGUGCGUACAGUACCGUGGAUGGUUUGAUACAACCGCGCCUCGAUGGUGUCGAAGGAAUAUCAUGUUCAUUGGUGCCGACGGUGAUGAAAUGGAUGAGAGCACGUUUCUUGGGAUACACAGGCCUGAAGACUGUGACACGUUGAAUAUGACGUUCGAAUUCAUGGCUGAACUCGAAGACACUAAUCGCGUUCUCAAUGAUGCAUCCUCCCCUCCAACGCUCAAAAUCAACCGCCGGUGGAUAGAGUUCAGGGAUCCUCAGAGCGGAAAGGUUGUCGAUGGAGCUGCCGCUAUGCAGAAAGUCUGCAAGAACAUAUAUAACGAGCUCUUCGGUAGGGCACCAGAUGAUGAGAAGCCAGAGGAAGCAGAUGUUCGGAAACCAGUGGCAGCAGAUAUGGGCGUUGUAGCUCACGAAGUGGGUACGAUGAGAAUGGACGCUCCAGAUCCGGCUGAGCAUCCGGGUGUCGUCGACGACAACCUCCAAUUCAGGGGGUUCGACAACCUUUAUGUCUGUGAUUUGUCGGUGUUUCCCGUCAGUCCUCCUGCGAAUCCCACGUUGACACUUGCUGCUUUGGCGAUGCGUCUUGCGAACCGUCUUCAUACCCUAUCUCAAGCUUACGCAUGAAGUGCUUCGGAAUCCAGAUGGUAUCGUUUUACCGAAACAUAUAACCAUUCCCUUCUCGCCUUUGUGGGGAGGGCUAGCGCCGUCGGGUGUGAGGGGUGGGGGGGGGG